ACCCUUUCGAUGCCUCGUUAGGGUUUUAGUUCAGUAGCACCAGCGAAAAGCUUAGAACGGUACGUUCUUUCGGAAAACCCUAAAAUCGACACCUAGUUUCGCCUCCAUUUCUUUUUUGCUUCAUAUCUCUCUUCGUGGUCAUUGUCAUGGCUUUCUUCAGUAAGGUUGGAAAUAUACUCAGGCAGACUGCAACCAAGCAGGUCAAUGCAGAAUUAUAUGCAUCCAGACCUUCCAUUUAUCAAGUAAUACGGUGCAUGUCGUCCUCAAAACUUUUCGUUGGAGGUGUUUCAUUUAGCACAGAUGAUUCAAGCCUAAGAGAGGCUUUUGGUAAAUAUGGCGAGGUUAUUGAAGCUAGGAUCAUUCAGGAUCGUGAGACUGGUAGGUCUAGAGGAUUUGGCUUUGUUACAUACACUACAAAUGAGGAUGCUUCCAGUGCCAUCCAGGCGUUGGAUGGAAAGGAUCUUCAUGGUCGUCAGAUAAGGGUGAAUUAUGCUAAUGAUAGAGCUCGUCCAGCCUUUGGUGGUGGAGGCUAUGGUGGUGGUGGUGGUGAUUAUGGUGGCGGUGGUUAUGGUGGUGGUGGAGGUGGUUAUGGUGGUGGUGGAGGUGGUUAUGGUGGUGGAGGGGGUUAUGGCAGUAAUACUAGUGGUGAUGGCUUUGGAAGGGGAGGAAAUUACGGCAAUGACAAUUAUGCCAGUGGUGGUGGUUCCUAUGGAGGAAGUGUCAGUUCUGCCAGUGGUGGCUUUGAUGGAAACAGUGGUACUGUUGGUGGAUUCAAUGGAAGUUCUGGUUUGGGAUAUGGUGGGGGUGAGCAUUUUGGUGGCAAUGAAGGUAACAACAUCGACAGUGCUGGUGGAGAUAUGAACCCAGGUAACCCUUCAGAAGGAAAUUACAGGGACGAUUUUGACGACACUGGGGACUUUGCAAAAAGGGCAUGAGAAAGGGCACCCAUAAGCAGAAGCAGCCUCAUGCCCAUUUCUCGAACCGGUUUUUACCAUUUAUUCCGGUUUCUCUAUGUGCACUUGAAUUGUUUUUCUUUAUGACUUGAAAAAUAGAAUUCUUUAGAAAUAUUAUUUUUGAAAUUACUUCUUUUGUAACUGAUGCUAUAUAUGGUGGUUUGUUUGGCCUCCACAUGUUUUCCAGUUUUGUUUCUUAUGGUCCUGUGUAUGCUGUGUUUUCAACAUACUUGCAUCGAAUCUUAAGGCA